GAUUAUAGCCUUGCACAGGUCGUGUAUUACAACGCUUACAUGUUACAAUAACAUAUAGCAGGACUUUGAACUAUGAUAAUCUCUUUUUUCGUAACUAAGGACAACAUAGACUUGCAAUUUGUUCGAACAAUAUUUAAUUUCAUUUAUGGAAACGUGAGCUCGAAUAAGUAAGAGCUUGCUAGCUGAAACACAGUCCCCGCUGUCAUUCAUGGAGUUCAGCGAACGAUUGCAUACGUUGCGUUAAACUAGCGUCAUGUCACAAGAGGAGCUCCUGCUGGACUCGGGACAGCCUAAUGAGGAUAACAGGGACAGAAAGGGCAGGAGCCGCAUUGGGCUCGUUGUAACAGGUUUAGUGGGAGGGUCGCUGGUUGCUCUGUACGCAGUGGCUGCUCCGUUUGUAGCCCCUGCCCUGAGGAAAGUCUGCCUCCCGUUUGUCCCGGCCACCACGACUCAGGUGGAAAACGUCCUCAAGGCGUUAAGGGCAAGGUCGGGAACCCUGGUGGACAUAGGGAGCGGAGAUGGAAGGAUAGUGAUUGCAGCAGCCAAACAUGGUUUUCGUGCGUCAGGGUUUGAGCUGAACCCCUGGUUGGUGUGGUAUUCUCGCUACAGGGCCUGGAGGGAGGGAGUCUACUGCUCCACCUCAUUCCACAUCUCAGACUUGUGGAAGGUCAGCUUUGCUCAAUACUCCAAUGUUGUCAUUUUUGGAGUCCCUCAGAUGAUGGAGAAGCUUGAGCUGAAAUUGGCAAGCGAGCUGCCUAGCACAGCCAAGGUGGUGGCCUGUCGCUUCCCCUUCCCUACGUGGAUUCCUGAAAGUACCGCGGGGGAGGGCAUAGACACUGUAUGGGUGUAUGAUGCAAAGACAUUUAAAUCACACCUGUAACAUAAGAAGAUCAAGUCUAGAACACCAUUCUACUCUCAGAUUAUUUUAAAAACUUUUGUAAAAAUUUUGAUAAAAAGUAACUGGAAAUAGUUACAUAUAUCUCUUAACAUUUAAAACUACAAAAACAUGAAAAAAGGAAACGACCAGUGCUGUACAUUUGAAAUGUGUGACCUUGUGAAAUGACCAUGACAAUAAAA